AUGUUGUGGCCUCUCCUCUUCAGCCUCCUCCCUGUCGUCCACGGUGUUGUUCACAACGCUACAUACGACGAAUACCCCGAUUGCGCUGUAACAUGCCUCUCCUACAACGGAACCGAAUACCCAAACAACUUUGCCAACAAUUGCGACUACACGAGCGGCGAAUGUUGCAUGAGUUCGUACAAAGCCAUCAUCGCAGCGACAUGGGAGUGUGUUUGGUCACACUGUGGGCAGGAAGAGUCUUUGGACGCCUUUGGUAUAUUUGUCGAUUUUUGUGAAGAUAUGGGUCACCCACUUCGAAGAGAGGAUAUACCAACGGGGUAUGAAUCUGUUGUAGAGGGGACCGACGAUGAGGAGGGUGAAGACAAAGACAAGCACAAUGACGAUGACAAUUUCCUCGGCACAGGCCUGUCAAAAGCCCAGCUUAUCGGCAUUGUGGUAGGAGCAGGCGUAACUGCAACAGUGACGGCUAUUGGUCUGGUUCUUAAAUCUCUUUCAUUCACAAUCCAAUUGUUCUCGUCACACUUUAUUACCAACCUUGAAAGCUCGACAGCCCAGGCUGCCGAUGCUGGUCUGUUAUUUUCCCCAGGCAUCACCCCACACUGUAGGAAGGCCCCUCCUCCCUUUGGCAACUAA